AUGUUUGAAGCGAAGACGUACCUUCAAUCUCUCGAACGAACGCAGAAACGAGAAGUCGAUCUCACGGAGAAUUUGAAGCAACACGAAACGUUUAAACGUUUGGUCGAACACUCAACGCGCGUCUCGCGAGGGGAUUGGUUGUUCAGGAAACAAAACGUGGACGAGAAAAUACGAGAGGAAAUACGCAUGGAGGAGAUGUUACGAAAGAAGGAAGAAAGAGAGGAAAAGGAAGCGAUGAAGAGGAGAGAGGAAGAAUUAGAGGAGUUAGAGGAGAAAAGACGGCGAAACGGCGGUAGUGGUGGUAAUGGCGGAAUGUCUUGCUUCUCUCCCGAGGAUGAUCCUCUCCCGUCCUCCGCGGACGAAACGCAUGUGCGAGAGAUGAAGGAGAAAUUGGACGCGCUGCGAUCGGAGAGGGAACAAGAAAUGACCAAAGAGAUGAAGCGAAGAGAGAGAGAAGAAGAGAGACGAAGGAUGAGAGGGUUAACGGAAAGCCGAGAAGACGUGGUAGGAAGAGCGGUCGAUGAAGAAGACUACGAGAGGAAAAAAAGAGAGAUUGAAAAAUUGACGCGAGCGCUUGACGUUCGAUUGGAUUUGAACAGGCAGACAGAGAAACGAAGAGCGAUGGAGAGAGAACGCGAGGAAGAGAAGAAAAAAGAGCGAGAAUUCGCGGAUAGCUUCGAACGAGAGCGCGAGAGAAGAGAAAGAGACCUGUUACACCGAAAGAGAAAAGAGGCGAGAGAGUUGCAACAAUAG